AUAUAUAUAUAUAUUAGUUUUAAGGUUCGUACCAAAUUGUGUGCAAUUGGAGACAAUUCAAGAAACUUGACGCUAAUUGAUAGUGCAUUGUUCGCUGUUUGUUUGGAUAAUGAGAAGAGCAAUCAUUCGGAUCGUGUUAUCCAAAGUUUAUUGUCUGGUGAUGAUGCCAGAAACAGAUGGUUUGAUAAAAGUUUCCAACUAAUCGUAGACGCACGAGGUUUAGCGACGAUAAAUUUUGAGCAUAGCUGGGGCGAUGGCGUUGCUUUACUUCGUUUGAUGAAAGAGUCAUUUUGUGACACUAAACACAAUCAUUUUGUUCAUCCAAAUCAAUUUGUUGACCCAUCGUUAUAUUUGAAAAAUAACUUGCGGCACAUUGAGUUUACUUUGACGGAUUCACUUCGUGGAAUAAUUCAGGAAGCUCAAGAAAAACAUUCUUUAGUGGGUUCGAAAUUAUCUUUCGGUACUGUAGAAUUCUUUGGUAUUAAUCGUCAAAUGAUAAAAUGCUCGAAACUCUCACCGGAUUCUAUUUUGCAGUUAGCUAUUCAGUUAGCUUUCUACAGGCUGCAUAAGAGAUUUGUUCCAACUUACGAAUCCUGUAGUACUGCAGCUUUUCUCGGGGGAAGGACAGAAUGCAUUCGUUCAGCAACAGUUGCCACGUCUAAUGCCGUUUUAGCAAUUGAUCAAAGCAGAAGCAAUGUUGGAGAACAUUUGAAAAAGUGCACUGUAACGCAUUCACUUUUAGUAAAAGAAGCUGCAACAGGACAGGGUUUCGACCGUCAUUUAAUGGGGUUGCGUAUUACUGCUGAUCGGCUUGGUUGGAUUCAGCCGGAAUUAUUUAACAGCGAAAUAUUUAAAUACAUGAAUCAAUUUGUUAUCUCGACAUCAACUCUUUCAACAGAUGCAGUGAUGUUUGGUGGAUUUGGACCGGUUACACCUGAUGGUUAUGGCAUCGGUUAUAAUGUAUUUGACAAUAAGAUUGGUGCGGUUAUUACAUCGUACCAGGUUAAUAUUCAUUUAUCAAGCUACUUGAAAUUUCUUACGCUAGAUCGACAUGAUGCAAAGGUAUUUGCUAAUGCUCUUUUGGAAAGUUUGGAUAUCUUGAAAAAUAUAAUUCACAAGAAAAUGCUGUAA